UCACAAGGUGGGCGGAAAAGGACAGUAUUACCUCAUUGACUGCAGUGAAUGAAGAGCAUAAGAGCAUAAUGUUUGUGUACUUUAUCAUUAUCAUUGUUCUUUUGUUUACUUCAUGUCCUGCAGCAGGGAAAACGGUUUCUGGGAUUUUUAGGAGCGACGCUGCGAGAGAAAAUAAUGGGCAGUACAUCACAAGAUUUCUGUAUCAUGGUGAGAAUGGUCUGGUGAUGUCUCGUGUGGAUAAUGUGCUGCUGGCCGUGGAGAAGGAGGCCAGACUUCUGCUGUUUCAGGGCUCCGAGGGCUUGGACAAUCUGAGCUGUCUGCAGAGACUCGCAUCGGCUCACAUCUCCAUUAAGCUGAUGAAAGAGGAGCAGAACCAGACUAUACCGCAUCAGUCCGGUCCGCAGGCGUGGCACGUGAUGUAUGUGGAUCAAUACACCUGUCAGGACGGAGAGAUGGACGGAGUGCUAGAAGACCUGCGCUUCCAGAUCAGCUUGAUGAACCCCGACGCCGCGGGGAACCCACUGGAUCACUUCAGCGCCGAGGAGACCGGGCUCCACAGCUUCUACUUCCUGCUGAUCCUGGCGUAUUUCGUGGCGUCGUGUAUCUACAUACAGCCGCUGUGGCAGGCGCUGAGCAAAGCCGGACCCAUGCACACGGUGCUGAAGGUGUUAUCCACCACGCUCCUGCUGCAGGGAACAUCAGUGCUGCUCAACUACAUCCACAUGUCCCGGUACGCUCGGGACGGUGUGGGGACGCCGCUGAUGGGGAGCCUCGCUGAAUUGUGUGACGCAGUGGCGCAGGUGCAGAUGCUCUACCUGUUGUUGAGUCUGUGUGUGGGCUGGACUCUGAGCCGCAGCAGAAAGUCUCAGAGUAAACCGCUGCAGUGGGACUCGUCUCCGGCCUCCACCGCGCUCGCUCUGGCCGUCGUCAUCGCUCAGGGGGCGCUGCUGAUCUGGGAGCAGCUGGAGGACGCCGAGCACCACAGCUUCCACACACAGCGCAGUGUUCCCGGCUGGCUGCUGAUGGCCCUGCGUGUGGCCCUCGCUCUGUUCCUGGCGUCUGUGCUGUAUCAGAUCAUCUCUACCGAGCGGAGCGCGCUCAAACGAGACUUCUACCUGAGCUUCGGCAAGGGCUGUUUCCUGUGGUUCCUGUGUCAUCCGGUGCUGGUCCUGUUCUCAGUGAUUCUCAACGAACACCAGAAAGAAAAGGUGGUGACGAUCGGCGUGAUCCUGUGCCAGUCCAUCUCAGUGGUGGUUCUGUAUCGUCUGUUCCUGUCACGCAGUCUGUACUGGGAAGUGUCCUCGCUGUCGUCGGUCACGCUGCCGCUCACCAUGAGCCGCCGGAGCCGCUACUGAGCAUCAGACCGCAGCCAAGCACUCCAGGACCGAUGAGAUCCGAUCACACGACGGAGAGACGCUGAGCAUCACACACUCAUCAGGGAGUGAAACACAUCAUCCAAGCUUAAUCAUCAUUCAUGUGUAGAGACACACCUGCUGUGAGUCAGUCUGUGAUCCUGCCAGAGAAUGAAGAUGAAGCUCCGCGCUCGUGCUCUGAUCAAGCAAUAAGAAAACAAAAGCAUCUCUGUUAUUUCUCAGCUGUGAUUUUAUUUGUGCUUGCACAUGACUCCAUUUCUGUUGUUCCCCACAAGUGCCUCAAAUGACAAUCACUGAUGCGGGACUGAAUAUUAAACGGAUGAAUGCUGAGGAUAUUUAUUGAUCCUUUUACUGGAUCCUGCACAUAUCUGUGUCUCAAGGAGAAAGAUGUGAAAAUCCUGUUAACUAGAGCAUGUGUUGUUAAGUUAAAGACUUGAACUGUAUCAAUCAUUGUGGUAAUAAACUUCAUGCACACGAA